GUUAAGCUGCCCGUCACCCUCAACAAGUUUUUCCAGCCCACAGAAAUGGCUUCUCAGGAUUUCUUUCAGCGCUGGAAGCAGCUGAGCAACCCACAGCAGGAGGUGCAGAACAUCUUCAAAGCCAAGCAUCCCAUGGACACGGAGAUCACUAAAGCAAAGAUCAUUGGGUUUGGUUCUGCACUCCUUGAAGAAGUCGAUCCUAAUCCUGCCAACUUCGUGGGAGCUGGGAUCAUCCACACCAAAACUACCCAGAUCGGAUGCUUGCUUCGCUUGGAGCCGAAUCUGCAGGCCCAGAUGUACCGACUCACGCUGCGGACGAGCAGAGAGGCCGUCUCCCAGAGGCUGUGUGAGUUGCUGUCGGAGCAGUUCUAGCCGGCCCGGCAGAAGGCGGCCGUGUCUCGUGCAUUUCUCGUCCCUGUGCUUUGUCCUUGCUCCCUGGCCUGCGGCCACUGGACACGGGCCUCCCAGCCCUGCGCCUGCAGCCCUGUCCCCGUGGCCACGCGUGGGACGCACUGUGUGUUGUAAGAAGGAAAGCUGAGUGUGGACUACAGGGGCCUGCCCCGUCCAAGGAGAGCCCGGAUCCUGGGACCAGUUUUUAUAGAAAUCAAGGCAGUCUGUGGCUCAGUCUGUACAUUAAAGGGAAAUUAGAAGUUUGAAUGAAAAUGGA